AUGGGCUCAUACAUCGGAGAGUUGCCGGUCGGUUACUAUGGGAACACGAGGGUGUUGCUCUGGAGGGUGAUCCCGCCAAUUCUCAUUACCGUUGGAACGAUCGGAAAUACGACCUCUAUCAACCAUCUCUCCUCGUGGCUGAUCGUGGCUAUCACGGUCGAGAGAACAGCUUGCGUACUCUUCCCGCAUAAAGUGAGACUGGGCUGUUCCCCACGAAAUGCUGGGCUGAUCAUCGUCGCUAUUGUGCUAGCCGUGUUUGGAAUUAAUAUCAUAGCUCCCGUGAUAAUUGGUGUGCAUGAAAACAACGGUUCGAAGUAUUGCGGUCCCUCCAAGGUUAACUCCGAAUUAUUGCAUUUGGUUUACCUAUGGAUCGACAGUACGUUGUCUUUCGGCGCGCCGUUCCCGCUGCUGCUCACUGGCAUCGUCAUCAUCGUAGUGCAGCUCGCGCGCUUCCGUUCAAGACUUCAGCGGAUGAGCAUUUCAGGUCAGGCGCGCGACACGCGUCCAUUGUCGAUGCUAAUAAUUGCAUUGUGCGUGAUGUUCUUCCUCACAAUGACACCGCGCGCCGUCAUUUUCGUGUACAACAGGUACCGAAUAGACACGAUUUUGGCGCUUUGGGCAUUGGAUCCGUACACGGCCUUGUACGAAUACCAGUAUCUGUGGUUCCUUUCAAACGUUUUCGAGCUGGUAAGCUACUUCAAUAACACCUUCAACUUUGUCUUCUACGUGUUCAGCGGCUCAAAGCUCCGGACAGAGCUGCAGAGCGUGCUUUGUAGUUCGGCAACACAAUUCAACAGCCUCUUGGGAAGCUAG